UGCAGAUCAACUCGACAAAAGGAGAGAGGUCAAGGUAGAGAGAGAAAGGAAAAAGAGUGGAGGGAGGGAAGAGCAUAUGAGAAUGGGGGAAUUUAGCUGAAGAGAAGAAAGAGGGAAGAAGGAAAAAAAAGGUCUUGUGCGAAGAAAAAAGGGGGAAAUUUUUUCAGUAGGGAUUCAGCAAAUUUCCACAUUUUGACCUCUUUCUAGCUUCAAACACCACCCUUCCAUUUUCCUCUAUAUUUAGCGCGCUCCCUCCUCUCCAUCCAUGAUCACCUCUCUCUCCCUCCCCUUUCUCUCUCGUCUUGUGCAGUGCUAAUACUUCCAAAAAAGAUUUACCUUUGUGCUUUAUUGCACCUCGCCAACAGUGUGUGUGUGUCUGUGUUAUGGCCCACUCACAGUUUCCCAUAUUCAUCAACCGCCUCCUUUCACUUUUGUUGAGAGAGAGAGAGAGAGAGCAGAGUUGGCAUUCUGAGGUCUGAAGGUUUGUGGGUGGAUUCUUGGUUGCAUAUACAGUCAAGAAGCUAUGAUGAUGCAUGGUGAAACCAUAAGCAAUUCCGAAGGGGAGAUUAAAGUCAGUUUUGGCUAUCAUUGCAACGAUGAGAACGAUAGUUCUUGGGAUAGGCCUAAUUAUAUUGAUAUCCCGUCUUCUGGUGGACUCCGAAGAGCCAAUAAUUCUUUCUCUUGCCUCUCCGGUGCUGCAUUGAGUGCUAAUGCUACGUUAGCUAACACAAAUAUUUGCAAUGGGGUGAUUGCCUCUGAGAUACUCCCGACUCUGGACUCUCCCAAUUCAUUCAGGAGAAUUCCAUCUCUAACAAAUAUGGACCUGCUCUCGUCUUCUCUCCAAAGCAACAUGUCGAUCUUGAGCUUAAGCCCGUCCUCACCAAGUGAGACGCUUGAUUAUGAGUCCUUUUCGCUUAAGUCCAUGAGCGCUCCUUCGAGAAGCCAAAGCUUUCUCAAUGCAAUGGAAUUGCAAAUUGCCGGAGGCGCAGCUGGCGAGGAUAGAGUUCAAGCUGUUUGCUCCGAAGAGAACGGUUGGCUUUUUUGUGGUAUCUAUGAUGGCUUUAAUGGAAGGGACGCAGCUGACUUUCUGGCAGGAACGUUGUAUGAGACAAUCACCGCUCACCUCAACUUGCUAGAAUGGGAUCUGGACCAGGGUUUGUCGAAAGGCGCUGAUGAAUGUUUCAAGCAGAGCGUGCUUAGCAGCCUUCAACGCGCUCUCAAUCAAGCGGAAAGUGAGUUUCUUUACAUGGUCGAGCAGGAAAUGGAUGACCGUCCCGAUCUAGUAUCUAUAGGAUCUUGUGUUUUGCUUGCUCUACUUCACGGGAAAAACUUGUACUUGCUCAAUCUUGGUGAUAGUCGAGCGGUGUUGGCUACCUAUAAUAAGGGGAAUGACACGAGGGACAGUGAGGGGCUGCGAGCUGUCCAGCUCACCGAUAGUCAUACUGUCGACAACGAGGACGAAAGAAUCCGAGUUCUGAACGAGCAUCCCGAUGACCCUUCUACACUUGUGGCUGGAAAAGUGAAAGGAAAACUAAAGGUUACAAGGGCUUUUGGGGUUGGUUACUUGAAAAAGAAAGACAUGAAUGAUGCUUUGAUGGGUAUUCUUAGAGUCCGUGAUCUCAUAAGUCCUCCUUAUGUAUCUCUUGAACCUUGUGUCAUCGCGCACCAAGUAUCAGAUUCUGAUCACUUUGUUGUGCUCGGGAGUGAUGGCUUGUUCGACUUCUUCAGCAAUAAUGAAGUCGUGAAUCUUGUGCAUUUCUACAUGCUAAGGAACCCUUCUGGUGAUCCAGCAAAGUUCCUAGUCGAGCAGCUUGUUUCAAGAGCUGCAGAUUCAGCAGGUUUUAGCAUGGAAGAGCUGAUGAGCAUCCCUGCUGGCAGAAGGAGAAAAUAUCACGACGACAUCACAGUGAUUGUGAUCGUCUUGGGGACGAACAAACGCACCUCGAAGGCAUCAACGUUGUGUCUGUGAAACAGGUGCAACUUCUUAGCUUUAGAUUCCCUCAUUAGAUAAAGGUAUGUGAUAGCAUAUAUAUUGCGAAAAUCGCCUGCUUUGUAUGUAGAAUGAAUGUCUUCAUCUGCAAGCCGCAAUGCCUUUGCCAUUCUUUGUUGCUUCUUCCUUUCUUUCAUCAAGAAGAUUAUUGAAUUUGUGGAAUACUUUUUUAUGGAUGAAAAUAGAAUUUGCAGAAA